AUGUAUGGUUUGGUCAUCGAAGGAGUUCGAUUUAUGAUUCAGGAAAACUGGGGACCUCAAAUUCUUCUCCAGGUCCAAAAGCUGACAUCCUUAUCAGAAAAGUCUGUAUCCACUCACGACCAAUACUCCGAGCAUGUUGUCCCCCAAAUGUUCAAAGCAAUUCAUGAGAUAACUGGAACUCCUUAUGAACAAAUUGGAGUACUUGCUGGAAGAUUCUUCGUUCAAUUCUUGAUUCGAAAUGGUUAUGGAGACUUGAUGAAUGUAAUGGGACGACGAUUCUCUGAUUUCAUAAAGGGAUUAGAUAACAUUCACGAAUACUUUCGAUUCAGUUAUCCAAAGCUCAGAGCUCCUUCCUUUUAUUGUAAAUCUGAAAGUCAAGAUGGUCUUGUUCUCCAUUAUCGUAGUCGUCGAACUGGAUAUCUUUCGUACGUCAUUGGUCAAUUAGUGGAGUUGGCAAGGGUAUUUUAUCAACUGGAUAUAGGAAUUCAAGUGUUGAAGAAAAAGGAAAAAGGAAGAUUUACAUUUGUGGUUCUGAAAAUAUCAUUUGACAAUGUUGGUCUUGGUCAUGACUUGAAAUUGAAAGAACGUGUGAAAAAUCUUAACGAAUACCUUCCAGUCGAUACUAAAUCGUUUCUGCAAAUGUUUCCUUUUCAUAUCGCAUUCAAUAAAAAAUUGGAGAUUCUAAUGGCUGGUCAGGGUCUUCUGAACUUGAUGCCGAACAUUCAAGGACUUCUGAUGACGGACGUCUUCGAUUUGCAACGUCCAUGCAUUAAGUUUACUGCUGAAGGGAUAUUGGUGCAUCAAAAUUGUGUAUUUCAAAUCGAAUCAUUGCAUCCAGUCUUGAAGCAAUCCGAAGAAAAUAUUACCGUUCAAAUAAAUGACAUUGUUGAGGAUAAGGUUUCAUUAGAGAAAAAGACUGUGAUGGACAAUGAAUAUGAGAGCCUUCCUUACGUCACUCUUCGAGGUCCAAUUAUUGUUCUCAAGGCUUCCGACACCUUCUUGCUUCUUGCGACGUGCGUGGUAGAUACACUCGAUACAAUGUUUAAAAUGGGAUUGUAUCUAAAUGAUUUUGGAGAAUCGGAUUGCAAUCGUGAGAUAAUAAUGGCUACGAUUCAGAAGAGUGACACUUUGAAAACAAUGUUGGAAAAUGAGAAAAGAAGAAGUGAGAUACUAACAGAAAUGACAAAAGAGAUAUCUGAAGCGAAGAAGACUGCAAGAGGACUUCUAACUCAAAUGAUGCCGUAUGAGGUGGCACAAACUAUGAUGAGAAGUGGAAGUGUGGAGCAUUGUGAAGCAUUUGAAUGCGUCUCAAUUGGAUUUAUCAGAGUCUGUGACUUUGCCAAAAUCAGUUUAUUUAUUGAAGCUUUUGAAGUGGUUAAUUUGUUGAACACAAUCUACUCUCACCUGGAUGAAAUCGUCGACACUCAUGGAGUAUAUAAAGUUGAAACAAUCGGAGAAAGCUACAUGAUAUCUGCUGGAUGUCCUUAUCGAGACGAUCAUGAUGCUGAAAUGGUUGCUGAUUGUUGUUUGGAGAUGGUUGCUCAUAUCAGAUCAUUUGAAUACCAAUCCCAUGAUGCCGUCAAAAAAGUUCUCAUCAAAUGUGGAAUCUUCACAGGUCCAGUUGUCGGAGGUGUUGUUGGAGUCAGAACUCCAAGAUAUUGUUUGUUUGGGGACACUGUCAAUACGGCAAGCAGAAUGGAAUCGUCCAAUCAGACGGCAAUGACCAUUCAAGUCGGACAAAGAACUAAAGAUAGAGUUGAGAAACAAGCCAGUGGGUCAUUCAGGAUCAAACCAAAAGGAAAUAUAUUUGUGAAGGGUAAAGGGGAUAUGAGAGUCUAUGAAAUUGAGAAAAAGAAGGGAAGACCAAGAUACAAAAAGACGGAACCAUUAAGGAAGAAAUUGGUAGCGGAGAAGAAGGAAGCAGAAGAAAUGCUGGAUGAAGAUAAUGAAGGACAUCGUUCAAGUACUCUCAGUCGAAUGAGUUUAGGAGAAUCCAUCGAUAGUUCUAGCUCCCGACGUGGAAGCCUAUCUGGGUCACAGUUGGAGCUCAAUAAGACAAUUGCUCAUACAAUUGAGGUCACUUCAAAAGCAUCUGAGGCUCUUGACUUGAACAUGCAAGAUGAAAACAAUCGUCCUCCAACUUGGUCUGAAACUCAUACGCAAGACAUCCGGAGACCUAGAAAGACAGAGAGCAAAAUCACUUUGCACAGCCGUUUGAGCUCUUCUGACCUAGCUGGAAGUCGUUCUGAAACUUCUAAAGAUCUUGAAAAUGAAACUCCUCGUCCCACGUCGAGUGAGUUGAAGGAAGUAAAUCGAAUUCGUGCUGAAGCACGAGCUCAGGAGGAGGAAGAAGCGAGAAAAGCAACAGAAGAGAUGAAGAUAGCUGAAAAAGGAAAAGAGGAGGAUCGGGCGAGUGAGGCAGCAACCUCUCUAGUUGAUAACGAGUCUGUGAUCAGUCAAAACAACAUCACCUUCUCUGAAAUGCCGUCUGAUAGCAUUCCACACGAAGAUCGUGCUUCUCUCCCAUCAGCUGAGCCAUCAGAGGCUGGAGAUGCAAUUAAACCAAAAAAGAAAUUGGAACAGAAAGAUUCAAACUCUUCUAUGAGCAGUUUGGAAGACAGAACACAAACGUCAGCUAAACCAGUGCCAACACGACGACUUCUUGGAGAAAGAGGGUCGAAAGACGAGAAGAAACGAUCGAGUAUGGCAAGCUCUUCAGUGACCUCAUCUUCUGCUCAUUCACAUUCUACUAAAAGUAGAAGAGAUACUCGUGACAAAUCCAGAUGCAAGUGUGAGGAUAUCCGAGCUGAUAAUAAAUUGAAGACUAAAGUUUGUAGUAUAAUGUGA